AUGGCUGAAGAAUCGUUAAAUUGUAAAAAAGAAUUAACUUAUGCCGUUCAACUUCAUAAACCAAUAAUUCUCUGUAUUGUUGGAACUGAAAAUAAAAAUGAAAAAUGGAAACCAACGCAAUGGUUAGGUCUGACAAUAGCUGAUCUUAUUUAUUUAAAUUUUAUUAAUAUAAAUGAAAUUAAUUUUGAAAAUCAUUGUCAAGAAUUAAUUGAUAAAAUGAAUUCUAUUCUUGGAAUAAGACAAUCCCAAUCUCUUAAACAAUCAAUAAUAACUAAACAAUAUAGUGAUGAAGAAGAUUUUCAAAUAAGUUCUUCUUUAAUUUUUUCAGAAAUAAUUCAUGAAGGUCCUCAAAUCAAUGAUGAAAUAUCGGAAAUAAUUCCGAAAAAAUAUUUAAGUGAAGGUGAUUCCGUUAUUCGUUUAAUUAAUCAAUCAAAAGAAAUUGAAUGUAAUCAAGAUUUAUAUAAUAGAAAUGGUCGAUUUUAUAAUUCAUUUACAUUUCCUCAUUUUAUUUUUCAUAAUACGAGUUCAGAAUUUGUCGGUAUUUUACAAUUAUCAGCUGAAUAUGAAAAUAUUUGUGAUAAUUCUAAUAAAUGGAUUUCUUGUCAAUUGAUCAUAAAUCAAGAUCAACAAAUAAUUAAUAUUGAUCCAAAUAAACUUGUUCUAUGUUCAAUAAUAAUUAAAAUUGAAUUAAAUGGUUCACCGGGAAUUAAUCGACCUUUGAAUUUACCAACAUUGAAAAAAUUAAUUGAUCGAUUAAAUAUAUCUCAAUCAAAUAUUCUUGGUUUUGUUUCAGCUGAUGACUGUUUGAUCGAAAUUCGAUAUUUUGCUUUAGUUUAUUAUUCAAAUGAUGAUGAAAAAUAUUCUAUUCAAUUUUCAUUUGGUUGUGAUCUUUACGGUCUACGUUCUCCAUUAUGGGAUAAACAACAUAUUAAAGAAUUACAAAAAAUAGCAAAACAAGAAAAAAAAUCUAAAUUGAUUGUUCAUGAACAUGUAUUUGAUCCAUUUAUUCAUUGUUUAGCAUUGUUUUAUAAUCAAUAUAGACUUCAAGCUAUUAAAAUUAAGAUUAAAACAAAUACAUCGAUCACUAUACAAACAAUUCCAUUACCUAUUAAACAAAUUUUUAAUGAAUCUUAA